UAGAAUCUGUCAAAGGGCAUUUUUCGCUUUGUAGGUGGAAGCUAACCUUUCUGUUCUUCUUUUGGGCAGCUGCUGCAGGCCCCCUGUCUUGGGAGAAAGAGUGUGCAGAGGGUCCGGAAACAUGGUGUCGGGACUUCCCCACAGCACUGAAGUGCGGGACUUUGGACCACUGUCAUGGGACUUUGGCGAUCAACACCCCUGUGAAAAGUCUCAAGUGUGGUAUGUGCAAGCUCGUUACAGUAAUGAUGGCGAAGAUCAUGCAAGACAAUUCCACAGAUGAAAGAAUCAGUCAAUUUUUGGAGAAAGGUUGCCAGUAUCUCCCUUUCCAGGACUGGUCAAUCCAAUGCAAGAAGAUGGUGGACACAGGAGUUAUCAUUCUGGUACAACUUGGAAAACAAGUGCAGGAUAGGCCUGAAAUAGUAUGUGGUGCCUUCAGGCUAUGCAGUCAUCUGGUACCCUUGGAAGGAGCCCUGAAGUUCCAGAAGCCAUUCAGUUCUAAUGGAAUGCCUGAUAUGACGGAUUUCCCCGAAAUGUUGGCUCCCUUUAUAGCUAACGUGCCCCUUCUCCUCUAUCCUCAGGAUGAGCCCCAAACUGAGUUUCUGCAGAAAGAAGAAAAUCCUUGCAGAGACUGUCAACAAGUAAUUGCUGAAAUGAAGGAAGGUUUCAAGAGCAGCUCUUUCCUUGUCCAGUCCUUUGCUGCUUAUGCUGAACAAUACUGUGAACACCUGGGGUCUGACUUGGUAAAUGAGUGCAAGAAAUAUGCCUUUGAGUAUUCACAUGUUUUUGUCCGAUUGCUGACACAUCUAUUGGAGGAGCAAUCAAAGACUGUCUGUGGCGCCUUCUGUGACUCUGAAAAACCUGAGCCUUUUCAUGCAUUACUGCCAGCUAAACCCCUUGAUGACUUGUCUACAGUAUCGGAAUCUGUAGAGAAAACAUCAAAUGCCCAAAGCCCUGAGUUUGCGUGUGGUUUAUGCAAGAAAAUAGUAACCAUUGCAGAGGGCAUGAUGGAGGAGAAUGCCACAGAACAAGAAAUAGUCCACCAGAUGGUGAAAGUCUGCUAUAUACUGCCCCAUGAAAUCCUGGACCAAUGCAAAGACUUAGUUGAUUCCUAUGGAAAGGCUAUUCUCUACAUGCUCUUGGAUGCAACUAAACCUGAAGCUGUGUGCAUGAGGAUUAGACUUUGCCCCAGAGAUAUCUCUUUGAGCUUUGAGAGGGAAGCUCUGGAAGAAGGACUGAAACCAACCAAACCCAGUGAAAGUGAAGUCUGCCAUGUGUGUACACUCAUCGUUACAUAUGUUGAUCAAGAGCUGGAAAAGAAUCAAACGCAGGAACAGAUUGGAAAUAUGCUUUCUAAGGGUUGCCAGUUGCUGCCAGAAGCUUUGGUGUAUCCCUGUGAUCAACUCGUGGUGCAAUAUGAGCCAGCUGCCGUCCGUCUCCUGGUGCAGGUCAUGGAGCCAACCUUUGUGUGUGCUAAAAUAGGAGCCUGCCCCUCGUCCCACCUUGUGGGCAUGGAAGUCUGUGUCCGGGGCCCUAGCUACUGGUGCAAGAAUGCAGAGACUGCAGCUCAGUGCCAGGCCACUGAAUACUGCAAGCGCCAUAUAUGGAACUAGAGGAAGCCUUGCCAGUGGAAGAAUGUUGGCUGUGGUUUUACUGAAUGCACCCUGGAAUUUGGCCAGGUGGGAAAUGGUGAAAUGUCUAAACACUGGCAGAACCACACCUUCCUUUCACACUUCUGCAGUGUGGCUGCUGAAAAAGAAAAAGGCAGGGGGAAUGUUUCCUUUGCUUGUGAUGCUCUGAAUUACCAUACAUUUAGUUUUACUUUUAGAUCCAUGGUGGGGAAGUGACAUGGGUAGGGAAGAAAAAGGCUGUGGUGGGAUUUUAUUUGAAUAGCUGAGAAUUUCGGUAAGACUCUUGUUUUAAAAUGGAUAAAUUGUGUUACGAUCAUUGCAAAACUGGCUGCUUAAGUUGGCAUUUUCAGAUUUCCAAUACCUUCCUUGUCUAGCUAGCCUUUUAAGGUACAACUAUACUAUACAUUUAAACUGUUUUAAUAUUUCAUUGCUUUUCUUCAAGGGGUGCUGGGAACAGCCAAUCAGACUGUUGGGCCACUUAGUCCACUGUCUACUCUGGCAGCAGCACUGCUUCAAACAAAUAUAUUUUCCCAGUCUUGUUAUUUGAGAUUCUUUUUACCUGGAGAUGCUUAGAAUUUUCUUUAAGACAGGUCAACUGGCACAAUAAUUUUAAUUAUAUGGAGGGAUUUCAGUUCUCUUAAAUUUCUGGUGUAGACAGAAACAAAGUCUCGAAAAAAAGGGGCUACCCAUUUGCUCAUGUUAAGUACAGGCAGUUCUUGGGUACUUUUACCUAUAGAACUUAAACUUGGUGUCAGUUCAUCCUUUCCUAUUUGGGAGACACACAUGUACCCUGUUCUUUCUGAAUGCAGCAGCUAGGGUCCUUAAAGGGAUAUGUAUCACAAUCAGCAUGAAAGGCUGAUUAAAUGGUUAAAUAGGUACAGGACACAAAACAAUUUGCAUGAUCAGUGGUUUGCUUACUCCCUUGCUGGAUUGGUGUAGUUAGGUAGACUGAAUUUUAGACUAUAAAUCCAUGGCUGUUACUUACCAAUAGGUGGGUUGAGUGCUGACCUAUGAACUAAGGAACAAGUAAUUUUAAUUGUGUUUUCUUCAGGAGUAGCGGCAAGUGCUCAGGAUAAUAUAGAAUAGCGUCUUUUGCUCUACACCUCAAUAUGACAUUUAUCAGAAUGUGUCUAAAUAUCAAUUCCAAAGCCAAUGACUCUUGUUGCAGCUUGCAAUUAGAGCAACAUCUGAGAGCAUGAUGCUUGAAAGCCAUGCAGAUGCCAUAUUGGUUGGCAAGCAAAAGAUAAAAUUUAACAGGUACAGUGAUGCAGAGGUGAAUUGUUGUUUUCACAAGGCACAAUUCCCAUGUCUACAUAGCUGUUAUAAGUAAUGAAGCUCCUGUGUUCCAUACUUACCUGUGUGUGAACCUGUUCAAUAUACAUGCUGAGAAAUUAUCCAGUUAUUCCAAAAGGACAUUAUAAUGAGCAUUUUACCAAUGCUUCUGUAGUUAAGAAACAUUAAACAAUUAUUACAAAUUUGA